AUGCUUACUCUGACAGAUUCUCUGGCAAUAAUUACAAACAAUCUGCUUUCUAUCGGCAUCAUCACACUUUUGACUGUUGUUUUCAUAAGAGGGCUAAAACGAUCUGACGCUGAAGAUGAACAAAGUAUAAUUAAAGAGAAUAGUCGAUAUCUUACAAUACGUGGCAAACGUCUUCGUCUUGUGUGUAUGAUAUUUGACCCGGAGGCACCCAUCAUAUACUUCAUACACGGACUAGGUGGACAGGCAAUGCAGUGGGAAUGUCAAAUCGAAUAUUUUCGACACAAGCGAUUUAACGUUCUCGCGGUGGAUAUGGUGGGUGCUGGUAAGAGUGAUGUAUCAUACAGUUGGGAUGACUAUACUACCGAAUCACUUGUCGAUGAUUUAUAUGAAGUUACCCAGAACUAUCCCGAUAACAAGCUAAUACUAGUUUGCCAUUCGUAUGGAUGUUGUCUUGGGGCUAAACUAUAUCCUAAAAUAAAAGACCGAGUGAACGGAAUGGUGAUCAUCUCUGCCAAAUUGGAGUUGACAGAGACUAAUGACAAGAAUCGAAAGAUUGUAGCGAAUCUGCCCAAUGUAAUGUUUGACGUUCUGCGUCUUAUUGAUCGAUUGGGUGGCACUAGAUCAUCUAGCGUCAGAAGGAUGAUAAGCCCGAAAGCGAGCGAAGAUGUUAAGAGAAAGCAGCUGACGUGGAAUAAGCAAUCUAGGACGCCUGCAUUUAAGCGAAUGAUGAAUGGGAUGGUGUGGCUUACGCAGGAUGAAUGGAGGGCAGUAGAUUGUAAUCUACUAAUGAUUAAUGGGAGUGAGGAUGAAGUAAGUCCUCCUGAAAACCUUAUGAAGGCAGUCAAGACUUUUAAGAAUGUGCUUAUAAUGAAUGUUGACGAUACAGGACACAUGCCGAUGGUAGAGCGACCAGAUAGUGUUAAUGAUGCUAUUAAUGAAUUCAUCGGUCAACUAUCAGACUGA